AUGUCUUACCAACAGGAACGCUAUAUUGCCGAAUUGGCUGUCCAGCGGGCAUGCCUUCUGACCCAGAAGGUCUUCUUCGAGAAGGCUAAGGGCACCGUCUCCAAGGACGACAAGUCCCCCGUCACUAUUGGCGACUUCGGCGCCCAGGCCCUCAUCAUCUCGGCUAUUCGCAAGAACUUCCCCAACGAUGAGAUCGUCGCCGAAGAGGAGGCCAGCUCCCUGCGCGAGGACAAGGACCUCAGCUCCGAGAUCUGGCGCCUGGUCAAGGACAUCAAGCUGGAUGACGCGGAGAGCGAUAAGAUUCUGGGUGGUCCUCUGGCCAGUGAGGAGAGCAUGCUGGAAAUCAUCGAUAGUGGCAACAGUGCUGGUGGUGCCAAGGGCCGCAUCUGGGCCCUCGACCCCAUUGACGGCACCAAGGGCUUCCUUCGUGGCGGCCAGUACGCCGUGUGUCUCGGCCUGAUGGUCGAUGGUGAUGUCAAGGUCGGUGCUAUCGGUACUCCUAACCUUCCUGUCAAUGACGCUGCCCCGCUUGAUGCUAGCAUCGGCACCCAGCAAUCCGCGGCUUCCAGCAACGGUGUGCUGUUUUCCGCUGUCAAGGGUGAGGGUGCGACCAGCCGCCCUCUGACAGCCAGUACUCUUGCUGCUAGCAAGCCCAUUUCUAUGCGCCCGGUUGACAAGAUCUCCGACGCUGUGUUCUGUGAAGGUGUUGAGGCUGGCCACUCGGCCCAGGGCGACAAUGCCGCCGUUGCUGAGCUGCUUGGCAUCACCGCACCGAGUGUGCGACUGGAUUCGCAGGCCAAGUACUGCUCCAUUGCUCGCGGUGCCGGUGACGUCUACCUGCGCCUUCCCGUCAAGAAGGAUUACCAGGAGAAAAUUUGGGACCACGCCGCUGGUGACCUGAUUGUCCGUGAGGCCGGUGGCCAGGUGACUGAUAUCUACGGCAACCGAUUGGACUUCAGCAAGGGCCGGACCUUGGCUGUCAACAAGGGUGUCGUCGCUGCUCCCAAGGCCCACCAGGACCAGGUCAUUGCUGCCGUCAAGAAGGUCUUAAAGCUGUAA